AAAGUGCUGUCUGCUGCAGUGGUGGCGGCGAGAACCGGAGGUGGGUCGGGAGACUGGCCGUUCGGUCUCGCCGCAGUCAAGGGCCCGUUUCCAUCGUAGCACCACGGCCCUCUUCUCCAGCCCCGAGCCCGGCGCGGCUGCCCGGGGGGCUCUUUCAGGCUCCUUGACGCCGUUCCAAGGGGCAUCUACCUGGGCAUCGCCUGGGCCUCCAGCCGGGGGACUGACUCCCGGCUUCAGCUCCCCGGGCCACUGUAAGAAGUGCCCUUAUCACCCCUCGCCCUGUCCUCCUCCUCCCUGAACCAUCGAGACCCUGGUCCAGAGCGAUAGCCUUGGACCUGGGACUAGGCGCUCCAAGACGCUCAGCCCCGGCACCCCACAGACGGGGCUCUGCAUCGUCUCUGAUAUGUCACCCACCAUCUCCCAUAAGGACAACAGUCGGCAACGACGACCAGGGAAUUUCAGCCACUCUCUGGAUAUGAAGAGCGGUCCUCUGCCGCCAGGCGGCUGGGAUGACGGUCAUCAGGAAUUGGUGGGCGGGGAAGGGGACAGAGAAGCUUUUCUGCGGGAUACCGGCACGGGUGACGUCUCAAAACCCCCACGGAGCUGCCGGGCCGAAUUAAGCAGCAUUUUGCUGUUGCUUUUUCUUUACGUGCUUCAGGGCAUUCCACUGGGCCUGGCGGGAAGCAUCCCACUCAUUUUGCAGAGCAAAAACGUUAGCUAUACAGAUCAAGCUUUCUUCAGUUUCGUCUUUUGGCCCUUCAGCCUCAAAUUACUCUGGGCCCCGCUGGUUGAUGCAGUUUACUUUAGGAACUUCGGUCGUCGCAAAUCUUGGCUUGUCCCUACACAGUAUAUACUGGGACUGUUUAUGAUCUAUUUAUCCACUCAAGUGGACCGUUUGCUCGGGAACACUGAUGGCAGAACGCCCGAUGUGAUUGCUCUCACUGUGACAUUCUUUUUGUUUGAAUUUCUGGCCGCCACUCAGGACAUCGCUGUGGAUGGCUGGGCGUUAACUAUGUUAUCCCGGGAAAACGUGGGUUAUGCUUCUACUUGCAAUUCAGUGGGCCAGACAGCGGGCUAUUUUUUGGGCAAUGUUUUGUUUUUGGCCCUUGAAUCUGCCGAUUUUUGUAACAAAUAUUUGCGAUUUCAGCCUCAACCCAGGGGAAUCGUUACUCUCUCAGAUUUCCUUUUUUUCUGGGGAACUGUAUUUUUGAUAACAACAACUCUAGUUGCCCUUUUGAAAAAAGAAAACAAAGAAGUAUCAGUAGGAAAAGAAGAAACCCAAGGAAUCACUGAUACUUACAAGUUGCUUUUUGCAAUUAUAAAAAUGCCAGCAGUUCUGACAUUUUGCCUUCUGAUUCUAACUGCAAAGAUUGGUUUUUCAGCAGCAGAUGCAGUAACAGGACUGAAAUUGGUAGAAGAAGGAGUACCCAAAGAGCAUUUAGCCUUAUUGGCAGUUCCAAUGGUUCCUUUGCAGAUAAUAUUGCCUCUGAUUAUCAGCAAAUACACUGCGGGUCCCCAGCCACUAAACAUAUUUUACAAAGCCAUGCCCUACAGAUUGUUGCUUGGAUUAGAAUAUGCUCUGCUGGUUUGGUGGACUCCCAAAGUAGAACAUCAAGGAGGAUUCCCUAUAUAUUACUAUAUUAUAGUGCUGCUGAGUUAUGCAUUACAUCAGGUUACAUUGUACAGCAUGUAUGUUUCCAUAAUGGCUUUCAAUGCGAAGGUUAGUGAUCCACUUAUUGGAGGAACAUAUAUGACCCUUUUAAAUACUGUGUCCAAUCUGGGAGGAAACUGGCCUUCUACAGUAGCUCUUUGGCUAGUAGAUCCCCUCACAGUGAAAGAGUGUGUAGGAGCAUCAAACCAGAAUUGUCGAACACCUGAUGCUGUUGAGCUUUGCAAAAAGCUUGGUGGCUCAUGUGUUACGGCGUUGGAUGGUUAUUAUGUAGAAUCCAUCAUUUGUGUAUUUAUUGGAUUUGGUUGGUGGUUCUUUCUUGGUCCAAAAUUGAAAAAAUUACAGGAUGAAGGACCAUCUUCAUGGAAGUGCAAAAGAAGUAAUUAAUUUGCGUUCACUACUGGACAUUCUAGGAAGGUUGAAUUUUAGAGUGGGGUUUUAUAUAAGUAUUGGAGGAUAAAAUGGGUGGGAGAAUAUGGCACUCAGCAUCUGAAGAAAGAUAGAGGCGGUUCUCUAGAACUCAUGCAUUGCCAUUGGAAAGCCUUUGUUGGGCAUCAAUGUCAGAUCCUGAAGAAUCACCUGGAAAAUCAUCCUCGAAACAAGGAAGCUACACCAAACUGUAGUCUACCAUACUUUGUCACAUGGGUUGUCCAUUAUCAUGUAUUAUAAUCAGAAUGUUUACUUGAAUAAAGAAAAAAACCCAUUUACUCUCAUAUAUGAAAUGUAUUUUGCUUUUUAAUUUUUGGAUUAAAAAAUUGACAUUGCCAUAAUUACCUUUUGUUUCUUACCCAUUCAUAUUACAUAUUUACAUACUUUCAAACAUACUUUGAAGUCAACCAAUCUUUAAUGAUUUAAAGUAUUAAAAUCUGUUGUAAGCCUUUAACUAUAAGGUGAAAGCCAUUAAUUGCAUUUGCUCUAGAAAUUUUGAAUUGUAGUCCUUUGGUUAUUUGGGUACAUGCUUAUAAUGCAUACCAAAAAUGACUUCUUAAUAGCUAUGUGCAACUGUGUUGUAUACAUUGAUCACUGAUGGUAUCUUACAAAUGAUCUACCUGAAUCUGAGGAUCUGUUCAUGGUAUUUCAGUAGUACUAGAAAAUACUACCCUUUUUUGCAUAUGUUUUUCUUUACUGAUAGAUCCUGAUAAACUCUGCCCUCAAGUAUGAACAUUAACUCCUCCAGUUAAUGUAUUAUAUAUUUACUAGCUAAUACUCUUAUAAAUCUCACAAGGUUAUGAUUAGCUAAGACUAAUAACAAAAAUUCCUUCCUUUGUAAAUAUUUUAAUUUUGCCUAUUC